AUGCUCAGAGUUCCAGGUUCUUCAGUGCAGUGUAUUUAUUGUGAGCUAUAUAUACAAAUAUCUGCAGGCUAUAAUACACGAGCAGUUCGUACAGUCAAACAGAGUACCUGGCUGCACCUUAAGGCAAAUAGGAAGACCUUUCUAUCUCUCCCUCUCUGACCACACUCUUCUACACCACCCCUUUACUGCUGGAUGGGUUUCCCUUUUAAACCGAGGACAGCCAAUCAACUGUCAGCACAUUACCGCUGACCCAGCACUUCCAUAGAAAGUAUUGCAGGCUGAUUGUAUCAGCUAGCAAACUCAAGCCUGCAGACUUACUAUCUCUCACAGCAUUCUGUGAAUCCCGACAGAGGAACCGGAAGCCCCUGGGUGAGGUCUGUUCCCAGACUGCCAGGGCAGAGGCUGAAGGCUUCCCAUGAAAUGCACGAGACAAACAUGUUGAGGAAAAUGCUGUAGAUGAGCCUUCCCCUGCCCCUAAGACGCUAGUUUUCUACGGGUUGGGAGGGCAUAUGGCCUAAUUAGCCCCCCUCUCCCCAUGCCUCCAUGAUGGUGGUGAUGAUGGGGAUGUAGGCAAUGGUGAUGUACCCCACCUUUCCCCUGGCCCAGACUCAAGGCAGCUUUGGCCAUCCCAUAUUGGGUCUGGUGUGGGGCAAGUAACGAUGGGGCUGGGUUAGUGGGGAGGGUAAGCUGACUAGCAGCACCUGCGAAGCCCCAUGCAUGGUGCAAGCGCCAACACUCAGCUGGUUGGUGGUGUUUGCAGAGAAUCAUGCAGGUUGCUUUGAAGGCCCGAUGAUUGGCCACUUGCUGGGGCUUCAAAGCACCAUGCACCAGGGUGGUGAAGAUGGAUCGCCUGGUGUCAUUUUGACAUUGAGUGAUGUCAAGUGAUAAGGUGGCCCUGCCCACCUAUGAAACUUGGCCAGUGGGGAAGGUCAGGAUCCAACCCGCCAGCUGGAUCCAAUCCCCAUCCCUGGUGCAAGGCGAAAAGGGGGAGAUGCACGAGGAGUCAGAAAUAGUGCAGUCCAGCAAUAGCUGUGUCACAUGGGGCUUCUGCUCAUUUCUUGGUUGUCUCGGCAGAUAUAUAAUAGGACAGCACAAAGCUCGACAAUGGGAUGAAGAUUGCAAAGGUGUUACUUUUUAUAGACUCUUUAAAAUAGCUUUAUAUCCUCUACAAUAAACUAUUUUUAAGAGACACUUUCCCUUCAAUGAGAACUCCUAUUGAACUCCUGUUGUCUUUUUAGAAGACAGAACUAUUUUGUAAACAGCUUUAGCCUAUAUCAAAACCAAGAUAAUUUUCCAGGAAAAUUUUCACCUUUGUCUUAAUAUCUGUUUUGUUUGUUAUGUCAUUCUUUCACCAAGCGCCUCGCCCACUAGCAGUAUCUACAUCAUCAUCAUAAACUUUAUUGCACUAGCCAAAGGCCAUAGCAUCAUUCACAAAGGGAACAAAAAGAAAAGCAACAAUAACUAUAAAAACCAUAAAAACAUCAGGCACUGCAAAUACAAUAAACCACAGCUGCGUCUCCUAGAAAUCAUUUGUUGGGUACGAUAGAAUAGCAGGGGGUUCUCAAGUAGAAUGUGGCCAGCUUAAAUGUCCGAAUCUCCUUGGCAAUUGACCACUGUUUUAUCUAGUUCUUUUCUCCUGAUCUUCUUAGCUGCCAAUGCAUACAGUGCUGCUUUAUAAGUUACAAAGUCAUCAGUAUCACUCAGCAGCCAUUUCACCCUUUCCACCCUGUUUGAGUGUGUUCCAUUCGUAAGCAGGGGUUUUAUAAAUCGGUCUCUUGGUUCUAUAUAUAGCGGGCAUUGCAAUAUAUAGUGGUACAGAUCCUCUACGCAAGGUUGCCCACAGAGACAAAGUCUCUCCAUGUACUGUACUUUGCUGUACCGACCACCCACCACCGCUGAGGGCAUCGAUUGGAAUCGUAAUUCUGUAAAAACAAUUCUUAGUGCGGCAAGUAGGAGCCUUGUCAGAUAUCUAGCUCGGAUGUGCUCCAUUUUGAUAAGUGGGAACCCUGGUGAACUUUGGGUAGAGGCAAUUGUGGUUAAAUCCCAUUCUGCAUCAGACCUGAAGAGACAAUCUCUUAAGUGCCUCUUAUCCAUCUUCAUGAUCACCUGAAGAUAUUGUAAUUGGUAUUGGGUCAAGAGAUGUUGGAUGCCAUCCUUUCAACAUUUAGUCUGUUCCUGUUCUGUGUGGGACAUAGUGGGGAAUCUCUCCUCCAAAAGAGACUGGAGUCUUUUCACAUAGUUUAGACACAGAUAACCAGUUCUAGCCCAUAUUGUUGUCACGUCCGUUUCCAUGCGGAGAAGAGCAGCUGGAGUCCCAUUGGGGAGCGAGAGCACUUUCCUGAGGAAUUUGUUCUGCACUAUUUCUAAGGCUUUGUUAGCAUUUGGAUCCAUGUCCCAUAUCGCUACUCCGUGGAGCAUCUGGGAAACCACUUUACUGGCAAAGAUUUUCAACACAGGUUCUAGUAACUGGCAAUCCAAUGUAAAAUAGAAUUUCAUUAAUGCCCCACAAGCUUUCUGCACUUUGAGUUUCGCAGCCUCGAUAUGCCCCUCCCAUUAUAGUGUCUCAGUGAAAAGAACUUCCAGAUACCUAAAGGAGCGUAUCUGCUCGAGAUUCUGUUGGUCCAUUUUCCAUUUGAAACUGGGGCUACGCUUCCCAAAGACCAAAAUUUUGGUAUUUGAGUAAUUCACGACAAGUUCUUCUCACUUGCAAUACGAGCUGAAAGCUGUGAGCAGAUUAUUACGACCUAAUUGGGAGAGUGAUAGGAGCACCACAUCAUGGGCAUACAGCAGACAGGAUAUCUUCCUAUUACUAAUAGAUCAGUAUCUACACUGCUUUUACUUGGAGCCAGUUUAUGUGCUUUUGCUGAUGUGGUACAGUCAUCUCACAGGAGUGCAGCAGUUCCAAAUACAGUGAUACCUCGGGUUAAGUACUUAAUUAGUCCCGGAGGUCCGUUCUUAACCUGAAACUGUUCCUAACCUGAAGCACCACUUUAGCUAAUGGGGCCUCCAGCUGCCGCCAGAGCACAAUUUCUGUUCUCAUCCUGAAGCAAAGUUCUUAACCCAAGGUAAUAUUCCUGGGUUAGCGGAGUCUGUAACCUGGAGCGUAUGUAACCUGAGGUACCACUGUACACUAGGUACCAUUGCACAAUUUGAAUUUGUCUCCUUGCACAAGGAAAGCCUUCACAGUGGCCAGAAGUCUUGGUUGCCACUAUGGCCCUAGACAGAGAGAUUGGGUGAUAAUUGUGCUCUUACCAAACACUCCUUGCUCUCCGUUCUUUCUACACCUUGUUACAUUCUUCUCAAGGUGGGAAUAAUGGGAGGUGUUUUUCUCCAGUUUCCCACCUCCGUCAAUCGCUUGCUUUCGUUGGAAGCUAACCAAGGGUCACUUAAAGAGGCUGCUCAGAAGCUGAGCACUAUCUAGAAAUUGUCCUGCCUUCCUGCUUCCUCUCAUUUCUUCUGCAAACUCUUGCCACAGGUGCUAGUCAACCCAAGCUCCAUCUGACUUUUCCUUGGAAACUGACUCCUUCACAAGCCAUUAAGUGCCUUAACUAGACUACAUACACAGUUUCUGAGCAGCUUUUCCAAGCCUCUCUUUGAACCUUUCAUAAUCUCUAGAACAGCAAGAUUUCCCCUUGCCUGUGUUUUCCUUUCUCUUCUCAGAAAUCAAUUGCACAUUGUUUUCUUUAAAUGAGAGCUCGUCUGGAACUAAAUUCUUUCUUUCUUUCUUUCUUUCUUUCUUUCUUUCUUUCUUUCUUUCUUUCUUUCUAGCAAGUCAUCCAAAUAGAUUUAUUAAAAAUAAAUAAAUCCUCCUUCCCUUUACAGGGCUUGGCUUAGCUCAUGUGGCAUUGUGCUGCUGAAUCCUCACUUUAUUCAGAAAAGGGAAAGGGGGAGUCCAGUAGCUUCAAGUUCUUCACAGCAAUACAGAGGUGACAUUAAAAAUAUACGCCCCAUAUAUUCCUCAGAAAUGUGAGGGAGCUUCCUCGAGGCCUACUUAAAACAGUGGGUGGGGAACCUGUGGCCCUACAGUUGCUGUCUGAGUCAUCAGCCAGCAUAACCAGUAGCCAACGAUGGUGGGUGUUGUAGUCUCGCAACAUCCUGAUUUAAAUUAUAGAAGAGAAUGGAGUGAUUAGGCCUGAGCAAUGUAUCAAUAUUGCUCUUGAGGGCCAGAGCACGGUGGCACCUUCACCCAGUGGUGUAUCGCAAGUGAAACCACCACCACUCAUGAGUGCCCGGCGCAUGGAGGGAGGAACGAACACCCCACGAGGUGCCAGAGUGAAACCACCACUGCUCCUGCCAAGGGAGCUGAGGCGAUUUCACCCCAUCGCUUCACGGGGCCGACGCAGCUCUUUCCUCUCUCCGCUUUUCAACAUUGCAAUGUAUCACAUUAUCGCGAUGUUUGGCUGGUGAUACAUUGUGAUGCUGAAAAGCUGAUAUCGCCCAGCCCUAGGGGUGAUGUGAAGUGUUUAUGUCUCCUCAGGCCCUUAAUUCUACUGGCAAUCUAAUCCUUAGAAACGGAGUGGGCCAAAACGAGGCAGAGCAAUGGCCGCUGUCCAAAUGGACACACACACACAGCCUAAUUAUUCAGUCGCUGGUGGCAUUUAGUGUGUUUCUCAUAAGCUCCACAUUGUGGCAAUGGAAUGGUGUGUUCAGUCCUCAGGGCCUAAGGAAGGAAUGAAGAAGGGAGGACUCCUCUACUUUGCUGCCAAGUAUGUCUGGUGCUCAAGCAACACAGGGGCAAAGGUGUCAGGGAGCCAAUCGUUUCUAAUAUAAAAACAAAAGGAGCUGUGUCCUACACUUGCCUGAAGCCUACGCACCCCAAGGAGGCUAUAGCCACCAUAUGAAACAAAGCUGAAGGAAAGGGUGGAAGAAUGCAGAGAUCCCAAAAGCAAAGCUGUGAAAUGGGAGCUACUGCCGUGUUAGUUGAAAGCUGCCUAUAAGGAAGAUCAUCCUUGGAAAUGGCAGAUUUCUAAGCACUACCUCUAUCCCUCUGCGAAUUAGUUGUAGACUUUUUGGGUCAGGGAUCUUUUUUUGACUCUGCUGUCCUGGAAAAUAGCCUGUCCAUUGAUGGUUGCAUAUGGAUGUCUCACUUCCAUGGUUAGUUGCAUGCCUGGCACUUAGCAGAAAUCUGUGGAACGAUCCAAAUUUGUGUAAAGAGCCACAAGGAAAACAAGCUGUUUUCUUGUAAGAGCUGCUGCAGCGCUGUUUUCCAGCAGAUUUCUUCUUGUGCGGUUAAAUUGUCCUUUCCAGUUGUCAGGAUGAUACAGGGUCCCUUAUUUUCACCAUGCGGCGUGAGAGAACUCAGCUCAGGAUAGUUUCAGCUUUGUUUAUGGAUUUGUAAUGAAACCAAACUCUGCAGAAGCAGUGGACCCAAGCAUGGAUAGAGUCGCUGAGGGCUGAUUUCAGCGUUGCAGUGCCAUGUACAGUCUGCCUAAAACGAUGCAGUUUUUGUUUUUGCAAGCUCCAUGCUGCAUGUAUCACAUACCAUGUGCACCAACUUGGUGCCAGUUUUUGAGCUUUUGCUGAUGUGGUACAGGCCUCUCGUAGUAACAUACAUGAAGAUUCUACACAUCAGCGACCGCAAGUGUCCUUGUGCCCUGGCUAUGAGCAUGAACCAGGAGCUCCCCACUUUCAAACCUUACUUCUGGUUGGCGUCUUACAAAAUGGUUAUAUUAGGCAAAAUGGGAGCCUGUUGGAAGAGUGGGUUAAAAAAAAUCUAAUAAAUUGAUUAUUGAUUGGGCAAACUAGAUACCCUAAGUGUGUGGGUCUCACUUCUGGCAUACCUUACAGGGCUAGAUAACAGAAUGUGAACUGUUCCGAAUGCUUGAAACAAAUUGCAUAAAUCCUAAGUAAUAUCAUCAAGCCGACUCAUGUGCUAAGAGGCUUUUGAAUGCCAUGCGCUCACCUGCAUGCCACAUGAAGGACUGUCAAAUGAAGGGUUUUCGGCUGGCAACACAGCUACAUGGUCACACACACACACGACUUGCAUCUGUAUCAACAGACAAGACUAAUACUAAUGGAAAAGUUGGUUUACAGAUAAACUUCAUUUGCUUUUGGACUACCCUAUUUGUAAACCUGGCCUGUUUAUAAGUGUUGGGAGGAGGGAUAAUUUUUUUUGCUUCAUACAGAAAUUUGUAUCAGAUGUUCUGAUUUUAGGGCUCUAGCCCCCCAACAUGAUUUGAUUUUUUAAAAAAAAAAAAUACUGCUUUUCUGAACUCCAAUCACAAAAUGAAAUCGCCAGUGAAUGCAACCAAAGAUACUGUUUUUACAACCCCCCUUUACCAUUGCAUAAAGCCAGUCUGCUUCCACCUGGCAGAAACCAGCCACAAGGGGAUGCUGUAGUACAGGAGAGUGUUGGCUGAGGGGCUGUCUGGAAACCUCCAAGCAGAAUGCUCUUAUUUCACAUGGUUUUUUUGUCAACAGAGGUAGAUGCUACCCACAGGGAGAACGUAGUCUCAAAAGAGGAUCAUUCGGACCCUGAAAAUGAUAACACAAGUCUGAUGAUGAUUGCAAAUGUUCCACGUGGCACUUGAUAAACCCAUUUUGAAAUCUCGCAGAGCUGAUCCCCUAGGGAGACCAAGUUGCAAAGGAAGGGGAGAACUCUGGUGUUUUAAUAGCUGGGGAUUUAAAUGAUUUGGUUUAAUGAGGGUGGUUUUUCCCCAAAAAACAAUAAAGUGAUGAGAACAAAUUGUGUCAGUGUUCUUAUUCAUGAAUUUCCUCUAUAGCCCAACUCUUUUACCCCUGUGCUUUUAGGAAGUGGGAAACUGAUAUUAAAAAAAAAAUUGGAUAAGGGUGACAUUUUCAUGGGCCGAUGGUAUUGCUGUAUUUAAAAUAAUAAAAAGUCCAAUCAAAGCCUCUGUUCAUAUUCUUAGCAUUACGGUAAGACCUUUAAACAAAAUCCAAGCCAUGGUGAAUUCUAUAAAUUCCAUGGUGAAAGCCAAAACAGAACGGCAACCAGUAGUUACUGAUGGAAUUGCUGUGUCACGCAUAUAACCAGGCACUCUCAUUAAGUGCUACGUUGUGAUGGUACAAGAAUUUUAGAGAUGGGAAGCCAAACACUUGUAUGGGGGAGUCUUCAAGCUGACAGGACCUGUUCCGCUUUGAAGUCCAAAAGGCACACUUUUCAAAUUAAAGAAUUCUGAGCCCAGGAAUUGCCCAGAAAUCACCCAGAAAUCUUACCAGUAAAUCCAGAUUUAGCUUCUGCCCCCCUGUGGCCUAUAAGACUGCCCCUUAUAAGGUGGGGUUAGGUUGUAUUUCUCUCAAUGGCCAGGCAUGGUCCAAGACAUUUUACCGCCUGAGGCAAAGGGCUGCUGACUCUUACUUAACACUGGUUCUGGAGCAGCAUCCUCUACUCCAGUGGAGGGCAGCAGUUUAGCCAUGUGACACACACAGCUGUAGCUGUUGUUGCUGUUCCCCCACCGCUCACUGCAUCUGCUGGUUGAGGCUGCUGUCUCACUCUACCCAAUGGUAGGGCCACCCCUGCUGAACAGAUCUUAGCUAUGAAGAACAGAAAAUAUUUGAUACAAAUAUGAAACAGAUACAGACAACUUUUCCAAAUGUCUUUUCAUUAGUUCUCCAUAUAGCACUGGUUUCCAAAGGGCUAACUGAAGUUCGAGCAAGGAGAAAUUUUGUUCUUUUAGGGAUUUUUUUUGGAAGGAUGAGAAAUUGUCCAUAUAAAAUACAAUGUUCUCUGAGGCCCUUCUACCUGCUCCAUGAGAAGAAGAAGAAGAAGAAGAAGAAGAAGAAGAAGAAGAAGAAGAAGAAGAAGUAGUUUUAUUUGUACUCCACCCUCCCCAGCCAGAGCCGGGCUCACGGCGGCUAACACCAAUAAAAUCAUAGUAAAAACAUAAUUGGGGGGGGGGAGAAGAAACAAUUUAAAAUACAGGUUAAAAUGCAAUUUAAAAUGCAGCCUCAUUUUAAAAGUAGCCGAUAAAUCAAGACCAUAAGGGGAGGGAAACAUAAGGGUCAGACUGAGUCCAAACCAAAGGCCAGGCGGAACAGCUCUGUUUUGCAGGCCCUGCGGAAAGAUGUCAAGUCCCUCAGGGCCCUAGUCUCUUGUGACAUAGCAUUCCACCAAGUCGGGGCCAGUACUGAAAAGCCCCUGGCCCUAGCUGAGACCAAUCUAACCACCUUGUGACCUGGGACCUCCAAAAUGUUGUCAUUUGUAGACCUUAAGGUCCUCUGCAAGGCAUACCAGGAGAGGUGGGUCCUAGGCUGCAUAGGGCUUUAAAGGUCAAAACCAGCACCUUAAAUCUGACCCUGUACUCCACCGGGAGCCAGUGCAGUAGUUAAAGCACUGGAUGAAUGGGAUCCCUCGGCAAGGACCUCGUAAAGAGCCUCACUGCAGCAUUCUGCACCUGCUGGAGUUUCUGGGUCAGCUUCAAGGGCAUCCCCGUGUAGAGCAAGUUACAAUAAUCAAGCCUGGAGGUGACCAUCGCAUGGAUCACUGUGGCCAGAUCAGGGUGAGAAAGGUAAGGGACCAACUGCUUAAUACGGCGGAGACGGUAAAAUGCCACCUUUGCUGUGGCUGCAACCUGCGCCUCCAUGGAAAGGGAGGCAUCAAAGGUUACACCCAAGCUCUUGACAAAAGGCGCUGGCACUAAUUGAGCCCCUGCAAGAGAUGGGAGUUGGCCCCCCAACCUCAUGUUGUCCCAACCCAACCAGAGGACCUCUGUCUUCGAAAUAUUUAACUCCCACGCAGCCAUCCAGCCACAGCUUCCAAGCAUCUGGUCAGUGUGUCCGGGGCCGAGACAGGGCGGCCAUCCAUCAAUGGAUAAAGCUGGGUGUCAUCAGCAUAUUGAUGACUACACAGCCCAAAGCUCCAGACAAUCUGGGCAAGGGGGCGCAUAAAGAUAUUAAAAAGCAUCGGGGAAAGGAUUGUGCCCUGUGGGACUCUACACACCAAGGAGUGUCGCGGCGACAACUCCCUCCCUAGCGCCACUCUCUGUCCCCGACCAGAGAUAAAGGAGCUCAGCCAUUGUUGGACUGUGCCCUGAAUCCCCACAUUGGCAAGGCAGUGGUCCUAAAGUUUGUGAUCGACCAUGUUGAAGGCUGCUGACAGAUCUAAGAGAAUCAGCAGUCCCAACCUGCCUCGAUCCAGCUGUCUACGGAAAUCAUCUGUUAGGGUGACCAAAGCUGUCUUGGUCCCAUAACCAGGGCGAAAGCCAGACUGAAAUGGGUCCAGAGCCGAGGUUUCAUCCAGAAGCCUACCAAGCUGUUUGGCAACUGCUCUCUCAAUUACGGAAGAUUCAAAACCGGGUGGUAAUUGGAUAGAUCUAAAGGAUCUAGAGGGACACGGGUGGCGCUGUGGGUUAAACCACAGAGUCUAGGACUUGCCGGUCAGAAGCUCGGCGGUUCGAAUCCCCGCAACGGGGUGAGCUCCCGUUGCUUGGUCCCUGCUCCUGCCAACCUAGCAGUUCGAAAGCACAUCAAAGUGCAAGUAGAUAAAUAGGUACUGCUCUGGCGGGAAGGUAAACGGCAUUUCUGUGCGCUGCUCUGGUUCAUCAGAAGCAGCUUAGUCAUGCUGGCCACAUGACCCAGAAGCUGUACACUGGCUCCCUCGGCCAAUAAAGCAAGAUGAGCGCCGCAACCCCAGAGUUGGUCACGACUGGACCUAAUGGUCAGGGGUCCCUUUACCUUAAAGGAUCUAGAGAUGUUUUCUUUAAGAGCGGAGGCACCACUGCUUCCUUCAACUCCCCUGGGAAAGUCCCCGUGCCAAGGGACUGAUUGAUGAUCUCAACCAGAGGGGCCCCACACCUUGUCUGGAUGACAUUCCUCUUACUAUUUAACAGUUGACUUCAGAUGAUGAUGAUGAUUUACUAACUUGCAAUUUCUCCCAAGUUCUUACUUCUCAGUUCCUGACUUCUUGGUCAUUGCUCUGUAGUGGGAGCAUGGAAUUCUUCCAUCAGCUGGGAAGCCUUUAACUAUUAAUUGCAGAGUUGGUUGCAAAUUUUGCAAAGCACAGCUCAUGAGCUGCGCAGAGAGAAGAAUUUGCCUGCAGCAACAUCCACCUGAGAUGAGUCGGAACUUGCAUCUAGCCAAUUGCUAGGGUCUGCCAUUUUCAGAUAUGUACUUUUAAUCGGCUGCUCUCAAAGGUGUGAGAUGGAGUAGAGGUUUGGCAUGAGAAAGGCCACAUUAAUGAAGAGCAAUUGUGAUUAUUAAUUAAUAGCAGCAGAGGCUAAUGGACUUUGAAACAGAUUUGCAAGGGGCAAGAGGACACAGCAAGGUGAGAGCCACGUUAUGAGGGAAUGGGAAAAGCUUCAUAUUAAUAGUAAACUAGAUCAGAGUAGUACUUUAACACUGAGCAGGCCAGGUGCACACUUUCUAUGCUCCGCUGACACUCUGCUUUCACGUGCACAGACAGGCAUGUACAAUAUUAUUUCUCCACCUCACAAAUAGCCAUUAAGGUAGACUUUCUGUGAAUCACAGACUGCUGCUCUGGGAGCUGGGAGCCUUCUCUGGCAUAGCUGAGAUUUUGUCUGCAUGUUGACUGGACUAGGAGACAGCAGACAAGAAGAAGGGGUUUUAGCUUGGUGGCAAGAGUAUCUGCUUCAUAUGUAGUAUGUCCCAGGUUCAGGUAGGGCUGGGAAUUUUUCCUGUCUGAAAUCCUGGCCUCCUUGCCAGUCACUUUUAGACAGAGCUGAGCUAGGUGGGCCAACAGCUCACUACAAAGUCCUAUGUGAUAUCAAAGAACAAACUGGAAAACAUUUCAUUCUGAGGAGAGCUAGCUUGCCUUGUGAGGUGACAAGCAAGUAAACCUGCUCAUUGGUGAUUCUCUAAUUAUGAAUUUCCCAUAUACCAGAGUCUCCAAGUGUCCCUAUUUUCCAGGGACAGUCUUGGAUUUACAGAAGCCAUCUCAGUUUUUGAUUUGAUCUCAGAAUGUUCCGCUUUUCCUUAGAAUGUCCCUAUUUUCACUGGAGAAAUGUUGGAGGGUAUGGAGUUAUACAACCCCUGAGCCAAGGAGAUAAGUAGCUAUGCAACCUUUAGAAGACAUCUGAAGGCAGCUCUGUAGAGGGGAGUUUUUUUAUGUUUAAUGUUUUAUAUAUGUUGGAAGCCACCCAGAAUGGCUGGAGCAACCCAAUCAGGUGAGCAGGGAAGAAGAAUGUUGGGGCAAUUUGUCACUAUGCUUUUUGGAAAUGUCUUGUUCUAUGCCAUCACACUUCCCCCCCUCCUGAAUUUGAUGAUUUUCAGUCCUGGCUGUGCAUUUAGACGUUAACGGGCGGGAUUAAUUUGUCCUGGCAUGCUGCUCUCCCUUAGGGUGACAAUUAAAGUCUUCAUAAGCGCUCACUCCAGGAAGCCAAGUUAGUAGUCCUGUUGUUCUUUUCCUCCAGCUAUUCAUACCUCCCUCUGUGGCUUGUCUUUCCUGCUGGGGUGUGGUGGCUCUUCAAAGGAGAAGCAUGAUGAAGAAAGUCAAAAUUCUUAGGCAGAGGCAUUGCACACCAACAUGGGAGUGUUUGAGAGUGCCAAGAAACAUGUGUUGGUGACUCAUGGUUUAAACCAAUACUCACCAAAUAGGCAGAACCGUGUAUGCUUUGUAGGAAAGCAUUUAAAAUUUAGGUGCCAGAUUCACCACUGAGAAAAACUGAACUCAGCCACAUAAUUAAGAAAAUUUAGAUCUAUGCAAACUUUACCAUUUUGCAUAAUUUAUUCUGGUUGUGCUAGACGUAGAAAAAAGGAUACUGUUAUGCAGGACACUGAAGUCGAAACCCUAGCCAUCAGGAAUUUUAAGCCAUCUCUUUAAGUUGCAUGCGUAUCUAAAUUGCCACAAGGGCAAGAAGGUGGGCUGUUUUUAAAUACAGUGGAACCUUGGUUCUCGAACUUAAUCUGUUCCGGAAUUCCGUUCGACUCCCGAAACAUUCGAAAACCAAGGUGCAGCUUCUGAUUGGCGCAGGCAUCCCGGAAACAAUGUUAAAUAAGUUGGAGUUCUUGUUAUUAAGAAAAAAGCACACCAAGAACUCUGGCCAAGAUAAGUUUCAAUAGUGGGAGUGGUCCCUACUCGCAAAUCAAUAGUCAAUUGUAACAAAAACUAAUCCAUUCAAAAGUAUGUAUUCUGACAAGGAUUACAAACUCAAGAUACACGUUGAUCUACCCACACUUAGCUGAUGAAGGUGAAUACAUCAAAACAGGGCCCUGUCCUGGCUUCCGAUCCAUAAUUGACUUCUGACUUCUGCUCAAUGAUUGAAACUAAGAUCAUCACGUCAAAUCUGACUAUGGACUAACAUGAACUUACCUCUGUUCAUAAACUCUUAUCUCUAAUUCUGUAACGAAUUAUUGUGUUAUACAUAUCCUUAUGAGUUUGAGUUUGUCAUCUCUGUUUGAGUUUGUAAUCUCAAUUUGAGUUUGUAAUCCUUGUCGGAAUACAUACUUUUGAAUGGAUUAGUUUUUGCCCCGGAAACAAUAGUUGACAGCUGCAUCAGAUGUUCGGCUUCCGAAAAAUGUUCAAAAACUGUAACACUUCCGGGUUUUUGGCGUUCAGGAGUGAAUUGUUCGUCAAAUAAGCCGUUCGAGAACCAAGGUUCCACUGUAAUAAUCCCUCCCUGAAAUUCCACACCCAGUGCCAUAGUCUGCAGGUUUCCUGCACUCCCAGAGAAUUGCAGUGACCAUGCAACAUGUCUUCUUGGACUUGAAUACACAGAAGCGUCUUUAAAGAUGAAAGUAUCAUUUUGAUUGUGAAAUGGCUGCUUACACCUGAGAUGGAACAGACACACCCACAUCUCUCCAAUAACUUGCUGGUUUAAUUGCAUAUGAAAGGAUAUAAGGCACAAUCAGCCACAGUUAAGCAUGUCCACAGUCCGCUAAUUUCAUGUAGAAGAUGAAACACAUGAUUUAAAUUGUGUCCCCGUCCCGCCAUGUUUUUAGAUGCUUUGGUAGUUUUAUCUUUUGUGUGUUUGCUGCGCUGGGCUCUUCUUGGAGGAAGAUUUGGAUAUAAAUCUAAUAAAUAAAAGUCUUUGUAGACAGGAAUGAAUAAACAUUGCUGUUUCUUUCAUGUCACUUGAAGCCAGUAGUUCACAUGACAGCUGAAAGUUCUGCCUCUUGACUAAGCAUGGGGAGAGGACCAUCAGUGUUCUAGCAAACAUUGCAUCUCUCGAUGGAAAUGGGGUCUAAUGUUCAAGGCCACUGAGCACUUAGGCUGUGUUUGAGAACAGGCUGGCUAAACAAUCUCCAGGGCUCCUGGCUGUCCAGUGAAUUGCAAAUAAUCAAUGGGAGCUGCUUGUAGCGCACAGAAGCCUUGCAGAAAAUAAAAGCCCUUAUGCAAUAGCUACACUGUUUUAACAAAACUCUUGUGAGAGAUCCAAAUAUAUUUUCUCCACCUGUUGUGAGUGAAUUGCAUUUCCCCAAAAUGUGCAUGUAUUUCACUAAAUGAGCAUACACUGGGAAGUGCCAAUUAAUUGUGCGAUUUUACACAUCACAAGUCACAAUAGUGUUGUUGUUGUUAUUUAUUUGAUUUGACUUCUUGCUUGCCUUUCACUAUACAGUCCUACACUGUUACAAAACAACAACAACAACAACAACCCUAAAUUCCUCUCUGCUUAGGCAAAGAGUCUUUCCUGAGACCGGCUAGAGGGGCUGGGAGCUGGGGGCACUGUUAUACAGUGGUUCCUCUCCUUCCUCCUGGGCCGUGUCCAGAAAGUGGUGUUGGGGGAUGAGUGUUCAGACCCCUGGGCUCUCACUUGUGGGAUGCCUCAGGGUUCUGUCCUUUCCCCCAUGCUUUUUAACAUCUAUAUGAAGCCGCUGGGAGAGAUCAUCAGGGGGUUUGGGCUGGGUGUUCAUCAGUAUGCCCCGUGGAAUGCCCUCCCAUCAGAUGUCAAGGAAAUAAACAAGGAAACCAAUAGGCAUCCCUGUUUAGGGAAGUUUUUAAAGUUUGAUGUUUUAUUCUGUUUUUAAUCUGUUGGGAGCUGCCCUGAGUGGCUGCGGAAACCCAGCCAGAUGGGCGGGGUAUAAAUAAAUUACUGUUGUUGUUGUUGUUGUUGUUUAAGCAAAACUACUCUUUGGAAGUUUAAAACAAUGUUCUCUGGGAAGAGGAAUUGACUGUAAAACCAUUCAGGUAGUUUUAGUUCUGUGUGAGGAACAGGGGUCUCCUAGCAAUUCUCAGCACGUUUAAAAGCCACAGCUCCCAGAAUUCUUUAGGGGAAGCCAUGACUCUUUAAAUGGGAUGUGGGUGGCGCUGUGGGUUAAACCACACAGCCUAGGACUUGCCGAUCAGAAGGUCGGUGGUUCAAAUCCCCGCGACGGGGUGAGCCCCCGUUGCUUGGUCCCUGCUCCUGCCAACCUAGCAGUUCGAAAGCACGUCAAAGUGCAAGUAGAUAAAUAGAUACCGCUCUGGUGGGAAGGUAAACGGCGUUUCUGUGCGCUGCUCUGGUUCACCAGAAGCAGCUUCAUCAUGCUGGCCACAUGACCCGGAAGCUGUACACCAGCUCCCUCGGCCAAUAAAGCGAGAUGAGUGCCACAACCCCAGAGUCGUCCACAACUGGACCUAAUGGUCAGGGGUCCCUUUACCUUUAUGACUCUUUAAAUUGGUAUCACGGGGCUUUAAAUCUAUAGUGUGCAUGUGGCCUAUGACAUUACCUGGGUUUGUUGCAAAAAUUAAAAACAGCUUCACUGGAAAUGCAUCGUUCCUUUGCCUCUUUUCAUUCUGGCCAUCUGUCCAGAGAGGAAAAAAAUCCCACCAAGGCUUGUCAAAAUAGCAACCCUACGCAACCUUCUACAGAGAAGUUUCAUGCUAAUGCAUAAAUGGAAGAGCCUUUUGAAAUGACCUGUAUACAAACAUGUACCUAGGAGCAGAAUUUUAAAAGGCUGCAGUUAGGAAUAUGCAUGCUUGAAUUCAGGGGGGUUGGCUUUUUAGUCAUGAUAGUGCUGUCAGCCUCCUUGCGAAAACUCAGCUAUCUCCUGCCUGCUAAUGCCUGUAUGUUACAUCCUAUAGGUAGGAAGGCUCUGUUUGCACAUGAAAGGGGGGGCACAUUUUAUUGGCUGAGCUCUGUCACUGUUCAGUAGCCAAUCAGAGCUGCUGAGCAUUUGCACCUCUCCAACCAGCUUGAAGAAGAGGAAGAGAAGGGGGAGGAAAAAUAAACUAGGAGAAAAGUUAACUAGUAACUGACAUAGGAAGGUAUAAAUUGUUGCAGAGUUGCAGAGUUCGACCUGUUUGGCUGCAGCCACCUCACCAACAGGAAUUUCUGGCAGAGGCAGAGACAACCAUCCAAACGGUGCGUGCGAAUGAAUGUUAUACAUGUUCUGAAAAGUUUAUGGAAGAGCGAGGUAGAGAGUGGUGUGUGUGUGUGUGUGUGUGUGUGUGUGUGUGUGUGCAUGAGAGAAGCUUGGGUUUUAUUACUGGAUAAUUGUAUGCUUAUGUUUCCUCUCUCUACCUUAUCACAGAAAACCCUUGAGCAAAGACUGCAUUUUGUUGCUAGAAGCAACACAAAGAAAGUGUGUCGCUUUCGUUGCAAGUUGUCCAGCUGUUGCUUUUUAACCAGUGAAUAUUUCUUUCAGAACGUUUCGUGCAGCCUUGAUAUUGACUUUUAAAAUGACAAUAGUAAUAAUCUUUCCAUGCAAGGGCUUUCUACCAUAGGCAACAAUUGUGUGCAGUACAGAAUGAGUGACAUGGUGUUAGGAGGAACUGUUAUAAUAACUGGGGGUGAAUUUCUCCUGACUAGAGUUCGGGUCAUGCUUCGUAUGAGCAAAGUGGUCUGUCCACAUGUAGGAUGUCUGCCGAGGGUAUCUCUACCAUUCAUAGGGACCCUUCUUCCCCAAGGCACAAAUUUUGCACAAAAAUAGAGGUUUCACAGCUUAAAGGAUGUCAAGGAGGUGGGACUGGGCUCUGGCAGUACCUUCCUCGCUUUCAACCGCCCUUUGUGCAAAUUUCAACAUUUCCAGCUUGUUAUCUUGAUCAGUGACUGCAGAAAGCUUCUUUUACAAUCUGGGGCCCUGCCAGCGAGAACCAAAUGCUUGCAAGCUCAUUUCAUCAGUUGCAAACAACAUGCGUUGCUGCCUUAGGCAACUGGGAUUGCUGCUAAGUCCCAAACACACCCACCUUUCCUUUCUGCUUUGAUCCACACUCAGUGCCUGGAACCUUCUGCUUUCGUAAGUAUCUUCAUGUCCCGCAAAAAGGAGGCGUGUUGUCACCCAAAUUCACUCCAGGAUUGUUGCAGAAACCAAAGGUGCUGCCCAGACUCCCCUUCAUAAUUGUUGGCGACUCUCCAUCCAUGCAGAAGACCUUACCACAGCCAAGUCAAAUGUAGAUACGAUACGAUAAUCUUCAUUGUCAUUGUCCCAUACAGAACAACGAAAUUGAAAAAGACAUUCAAAACCAACAAGCCAGCUAUCCCAGCCUGGUUAGCCCCCUAAAAACUCUGUAUUAAAUACAAUAUACUCCCAUAGGGACUACUUUACACUGCAUUUAAAACCCAAAUCGCCUUUGGAUAGAAACUGUAUCUCAGAUGGCUAGUCCUAGUCUUUAUAACACUGUACCGUCUUCCAGAAGGCAGAAGCUGAAAGAUAUCAUUUCCAGGGUGUGCACUAAGAUGGGGGAAUCUGUGACCACCCAAUACUGCUAGACUACAACUCCCAUCAUCCUUGAGCAUUGGCCAUGCUGGCUGGGGCUGAUGGGGCCUGGAGUACAACAACUUCAGAUUCCCCAUUGCCUGCCUGCCCACUAGCUAAGCAUGGCAAAGGUGCUUUUUGAAACGGUGUCGAUAACUUGCUUGACGUACACUAGAGUUAUGCAAUACAGCAAAAGAAAAAAAACACCUCUGCAAGAAAAGCUUCAAAAGGACAGCGGUGUGAGAUUUAUUUUAUUGUUUGCAAAAAUCUUCCCCUCACACCCCUCCCCCAGUGAAAACUGAAAGGAUGCAGACCCUCCCAAGUGUCCCUGUUUUCCAGGGACAGUCCCAGAUUUACUGAAGCCAUCCCACUUUCUGAUUCCAUCCCAGAAUGUCCUGCUUUGCCUUAAGAUAUCCAUGUUUACAUUGGAGAAAUGUUGGAGGGUAUGCAGUCAUGCGACCCCCGAGCCAAGGAGAUAAGUAACUAUACAUCUGAAGGCAGCUCUGUAUAGGGAAGUUUUCAAAUGUUUUAUUAUGUUUUUAUAUAUGUUGUGUUUUUUAAAACAUAAUAUUUAUUACUUUCCAACAAAUUAGACAUUACAUAGAAAAAGAAAAUAAACAAUACAAUACAAUACAAAAACAAUACCUAACACUAAACUAACAAAAACAAUUUAAACUAAGAAAACAAAACAAAAACAAUUUAAAACACAUCAAAUAGUUUCAAUCUUUCAUUCACUUAUUUCCAUGACCUCCUCAUGUUUUUAUAUAUGUUGGAAGCCGCCCAGAGUGGCUGGGACAACUGAGUCAGGGGCAUAAUUAUUAUUAUUAUUAUUAUUAUAUACAACAUCCCUAUUUUCAUCAGGGAAAUGUUGGAGGGUAUGAAGGAUGCCCCUGGAGUUUGAAUUUAUACACAUUUCCCGAGAUCUGUGAAUGUAUUCACAAAGGACACAGGAGCAGUAAAGGAAGUGAAAGUGUGUGUGUGUGUGUGUGUGUGAGAGAGAGAGAGAGAGAGAGAGAGAGAGAGAGAGAGAGAGGCAAAAAAGGAUUUGGCAAAAAAGAAGUGGUAAGCAUUCCCUGGACAGAGGUGGGGUUCCAGGUAACACAAUUUGUGCAUACAACAGCAGCAGUUCUUUUAAAAUGCAGCAAUUAUGCCAUGGUGGAGGCUGCUAGGAAGAAGCUUUCAGUUUUCCAGCUGUGGUGCAAAGGCCACCAUUUGAAUAUCCAUUGCACCUCAAGAAUUGGACCAGAAACAAUCCCAGGGUCAGCUUCAGAAUGUGGCACAUGGGAUCAGGCAGCACAAUUGAGCAGUGAAUCACAUGGCUGCAUUCGCUCCAGAAAUAUCGGGAAAGGAUGCAGCCGAUCUGCCCAUGAUCAUCCUUUUAUACCCUACAUAAUGCCUUUAAAUGUCAACAAACUAGCUUUGAAAGCUCAGUGUUAUGCGUGAGAUCAUUCUUCAUUUUUGCCUUCAUAUUUCCACCAUAUAACUCAAUCACAUGCAUCGUUCUAGCUGUGGGAGUGGCAGCAAGUAAUGUAAGCCUUUAGGAAAAGUAAAUACAGUAGCAAAGGUCAUACAAUUCUACCUCUUGCUACAGGGUUUAUCCAGAACAAAUUUACACUGGAGGGAUGAAGGGGGUCUUAAAGAUGGGACACCCAGGUCACCUAGAAUAUGGGAUCACAGAAUUGUAGAGUUGGAAGGGACCCUGAGGGUCAUUUAGUCCAACCCCCUGCAGGAAUCUCAGCUAAAGCAUCCAUGACUGAUGGCCAUCCAACCUCUGCUUAAAAACCUCCAAGGAAGGAAAGUCCACAACUCAAUAGGAAAACUCUUUCUUCUGCUGAUACAGAAUAAGCAUGUGAAGCUUAAAAAGAGGUCCAUAGGUCAGCUAUUUGUGCUUUGAAUGUAUGCUGUGAUUGCACCCUUAAACAAAACCCACAUUUAAGGAAUCCCUAAUUAUGAGGGAUGUCCAGAAAUUAAGCAAGGUCAGAUACUGCGCUUGAUCCUCUCAGACUCCCAAAUUUGGAGGUCAAGUUGUGUGACUUAGCCAGGAAUCCCCCCCCCCCCAGCCCCCUGCAAAAAUCUUAAGAACUGUAGUUUGCACUCUCACAGAACUACAAUUUCUAGCACCUUUAGCAAACUACAGUUCUUAGGACUUUUAAAGUGUGUGUGCUGUGCAUGUAGCCGAAAUCUUAAGGUGGUUUGCCGGUUGUUGUUUUUUAAGGGAAAGAUGGCAGUUUUAGCAGUUAUGUGCAAGGGUUUGGGUUAGAAAAUCCUGGGAGAGAUUGCAGAACUGUAUGUCCACGCAAACUGCCACAACACCACCUCCUUUUAAGGUGACCUGAAAAAUGAGGAUGUGCCAAGAAUUUUGAAAUCUCCCCUUUCUUAUUCCCUCAAACUCCUGUACUUUGGUCCCCGGUCAGUUGCAACAUUAACAGAAGGCAACCUUUGUGCUGAUAUUAGUAGAUAUUUUGAUCUACUGUGGUUUUUUUUCUGCUUCCCUAAGCAGGGGCCUGGGGAAUGGCCAAAUUCCAGCACUAUUGACAAUUCAUGUCAAUGUCCUGUUGUACCUUUGCCAGGGACUUGAAUGAGGCAAACAGCCUUGUUUGCUUAAAAUGCCUCUGACGUCUCUAAAUUCAGGAUGUCCCGUGAAACGACGCUGCUUUUUCUAGUAUUGAACUUUUUGUGUUUGGGGAAACAUUAUUGAUUUUAAAGCAGACAUAAUCAUCAGCAGUUAUAUAUGAGACCUGACCCCUAAUGGAGAAAAAAAGCCAUUUGGGAAAUGAACAACUGAAGCAAAAACCUGUUGUGUUGUGAAUGACAAUCCGAGAAAUAACCAGGGUGACUCGCUUUGUUAGAUGGGCUGUCUCCUGGGGGGGAAAAGCACCGUGAUCCUUGCUUAUUCUCAACUGGGUCUCCAUCUUCAUUUGGGGGUGUGUGUGUGGAAUCCAUGUCCUCAUGACUCUAAAGAUUAAUUACCUUGAAAGCCCAAAGGAACUGUGAAGAGUAGCAGGUCUUAGGUCAGUGAUAGCAAACCUUUUAGAGACUAAGAGCCCAAACUGCAACCCAAAACCCACUGAUUUAUCGCAAAGUGCCAACACGGCAAUUUAACCUGUAUAUCUCAUUUUUUUCCUGUGUGUUUCACGUUUCUUCUUUAUGACUGCUGUUGUAAUAAAUAAUCCUUCAUAAAAGUUAUUGUGUUACAUUCUUCAUUAAAUUAUCUUUCCAUUGAUAAAUAAUUUUAUGGUAUAACUCAAUGGGUUUUUUUCUUAAAAAAUGUUUAGGGGUACACUCAUUUUGACUCAAGAAAAUCACCACUGGUGGGGGGCGGGGGGAGAUAAAUAAAUACAGUUCAAAUUGGGGAAAAGAAAUGCAGUUCAAAUUAGGGGAGGGGGAAUAGAGUGGUACCUCCAUUUUCAAAGAGCUUCGUUCUCAAACUACUUGGAAGCUACAGUCCUGCUGGGGUGACAGCGUGCCAUAGGUUCACCACCACUGUCUUAGGUGUUACUGGCAAGGAACUGAGCUCCCUGUGAUGCAAGCCCAGGCAGUGUGUAUGGAGGUCCUGGGCUGCCCAGAUGACAAGACCCCUUCUUGGACUCACUGACGGGGUCCAAAGGAAAGCAGAGCAAUAUAUCUGACACCAGCUUGACUGCAGGAGUUGCUGGACGGAGGGGUACAAUGUACUAUCCUCAGUGCUUUUUUUCUUUAAAAAAUGUUUAGGGGUACUCUCAUUUUCCUACUCAUAUUGAAAUACUGCCCCUCAAUCAAGCAAAACUUAGAUUCACAAAAUGUUUAGGGGUAUGCGUACCCCUGCAUCCCCCCAGAAAAAAAGCAUGGACUAUCCUACUGUCUUAGGGACUCCACUCUGGAUUUCUGUAGGGUUUACUCCCGAAGGUAUCCAGGGGCAUCUUACCCAUAGAGGUUAGUGGUGCAGGGCGCCAGGGCACCAAGUUCUGAAGGGCACCAGGGAAGAGGCGGAGGCUGGAUGCGGUGCCUCCCGGCAUCAGCUUGCCGCCCUCGCCUGCCUCUGCCAUGCCGCGCCGAAGCAGCGCUGCACCCGGAGCCUCCGUCUGCCAUGGCCACUGUGGCACAAAAUGGCCAGCUGAGCUGGGAGGUGCCACAUCCAGCCCCCGCCUCUUCCCCGCUGGAGGAGCCACCCUCCAGCCACUGCCCGCCUCCUCCAGCAGCGCCAUCCUCCCUAAAAAAAGGUUGACAACUCUGAAGAACGGUGUGUGUGUGUGCCAGAGGGAGCUGUGCACCACGGCGCCGGAUAUAUUUAAGACGGCCCUGAAGGUAUCCGACAAGGCAGUGGAGGUUUAGGGUCAGAGUUUUCCAUUUCCUAGAUGGGCUACCUUUCCAGGUUGACGAGCCUCACCUGCUCCCCGCUUUCCCUCCACAUCACGUACAGAAACUUCCUUUAAAGUUUCUAAAAGGUGGAGGUUGACCAAGCAAGCAAGCAAAGCAGAACAGUGAACAGGCAAGGUUUUAGGGAUUGCUGUGCCCCUGUGUGUUGCAGCGGCUAAAUGAUGCAACUCUACCUUGACUUGCAAACCUCUUUCUGCAGUUUCAGGUGUUGUCCACAAGAUAGCAGUUUAGACUCAAAGCAUCUUGCAUUACAGUUAGGCCUAACAUAUCCACAUGAAACCCAGAUAUUCCUCCUCUUCCUAUAAACCUGAAAACCUUUCAGGUCCACAUGAGUAAUACCCUGGAAAGAGUGAAAAGCUGUACAUUAGCAAACAGUAGCAAAACAGGCCAGGCGAAAGAAGGGGGCUUGUUAGCAUUAGGGCAAAGCCUUUGCUGCGUGGAAGACCAAAUAGUUACCUAGAAACAAACAUUCUAAUCUACGCAGAUAAGUUUGCUGAGACUGCAGUUAAAGGUGCACAGCUUGGUGUUCUGCUCAACCUGUGGCCUCCCUGAGCACAAAACUACAUGUCUCCUGUAGCUAAAGGUAAAGGGACCCCUGACCGUUAGGUCCAGUUGUGGACGACUCUGGGGUUGCGGCGCUCAUCUCGCUUCAUUGGCUGAGGGAGCCGGCGUACAGCUUCCGCGUCAUGUGGCCAGCAUGACUAAGCCACUUCUGGCGAACCAGAGCAGUGCACGGAAAUGCUGUUUACCUUCCCGCCGGAGUGGUACCUAUUUAUCUACUUGCACUUUGUGCUUUCGAACUGCUAGGUUGGCAGAAGCAGGGACCAAGCAACAGGAGCUCACCCCGUCACGGGGAUUUGAACCACUGACCUUGUGAUCGGCAAGCCCUAGGCUCUGUGGUUUAACCCACAGCACCACCAGCGUCCCUUUUCUCCUGUAGCUAGGGAUGAGCAAAUCUAAUUCAUGCUAGUUGGGACCGAUGGGAGCUGGAAGAUGGCAGCAUCUGGAAGGCCACAGACUCCCCAUCCUCGCUCUGAUGAAACUUACAUCCUUGGAGGCUGGUUUUGGCUGAAGAAGAAGAGGAGGAGGAGGAAGGUAGCACCAGAAAAAAGUUGCAAAAUGGUAGUAAUAGUUGUUGGUGGGAAAAAAAUGCACUAUCUGGAUCCCAGCACAACCUAAAACGGACUUCAACAGAAGCAGCAUUUUACAUUUUGGCUAGGUGGACUUAAAAACAAAAAACAACAACUUGUAUUUUGCUUUGCUUUGUUUUAUUAAACUAGCUAUAUGUUAGAGAGGAUGGAAUCAGAUAAGACAGAACCUUAAAAUGCAAUUAUAUUUGUUGCGCAAUUGUCUUUUCUUGAAUUGGAAAUAACUGCUGUGUAACAAAUGUAACUUUCUAUGUGGAAAAAAGAAUAUAUAUAUAUAUAUACAUAUAUAUAUAUACUGGCUAUAUGUUUGGGCUGCCAUAUUUCAAAAAGUAAAAGCCAGGACACCCAAAAAUUGCCGAGUUCUUUUUAGGAAGACCCCAAAAUUGUUGAGCUCUUUUAUACAAAAAACACGAAAGCGCCACCUUUCAGAAAUUCCCCCUGGACAUCAGUUCCACCUUUUGAUAUACCGGUAAAAUGCCCUCUUAUUGUUCUGCUAUUUAAAACAUAGCAUCGUCUGGUCCUAUCUUGUGUGGCAUCCAGAAUGCAAAACAAAACAUCAAAUGGUUAAAAACAUUGGCUUGGACUGUUUUCUAACCUGGGAUUAUGGUUUGUUUUCAGCCAUCAUGACCCAUCAGUUUCCAGCCCUAUCUCCGGAACAGAAGAAAGCCCUCUCAGACACAGCUCAGAGGAUCGUGGCCACAGGCAAAGGAAUCCUGGCCGCAGAUGAAUCUGUUGGUGAGUUUUUAAAUGACUAGUCAGCAAGACUUGUUUUAAAUCACUAGUCAGUAAGUCUUCCUUCCUUCCUUCCUUCCUUCCUUCCUUCCUUCCUUCCUUCCUUUCUUUCUUUCUUUCUUUCUUUCUUAUUUGCAGACUCAUUCUUGCUGGUAUAAUCUUAAAAUUUACAACCAGGAGAAGGUUUCGUUUUUGGAAUAAUAAAUUUUCAGAGUAGUUUUACAGUUAUAUUAAAAAUUACAUAUUUGGUUAUACUAUUAGAAACACAUAGACAGAUAAUUAUGAAAUUAUUGUGUGGUUUAAUAAGUUAACUGUUUAUAUUUGGACAACUUUUUUUGCUGUACUUUGUUGGAAGGAGAAAAAUAAUCAUUUCCUUAAUAACAUAUGAACAAUUUAUUUAACAAGAGCAAUAACAUUAUAGCAUAUGUAUCCAUGUUUUUUAACUGAUGAGGUUAAAGGGUUUUUUUUAAUAAAAAAAAACUUAGACCGACUUUUAGCACACAUGAAAAACUUAAAACAAAUCCUUAUUUCCUGAAGAAUAGCCUUUGGACUAUAACGGAACUUAAAUAGAAAACUAUCUUUAGAAAGCUUUUUCCUCCAAAAGCAUUUUAUUUUUAAAAAUCUGAUUUAAAUUUUAAAAAUCUGAUUUUUUUAUUUUAAUUUUUUGAAAUAAUUGAUUUUUAUCCACCCUGCUUUGCUAUUUGGUGGCUUUUCACAGGUACUAUGGGUAAUCGGCUGCAGCGCAUCAAAGUGGAGAACACCGAAGAGAACCGCCGGGCCUUCCGAGACAUCCUCUUCUCUUCCGACGCCUCCAUCAAUCAGCAGAUAGGGGGUGUCAUUUUUUUCCACGAGACCCUCUAUCAGAAGGACAACACUGGCAAGCUCUUCCCAAAUGUCAUCAAGGACAAGGGCAUCGUGGUUGGAAUCAAGGUGAAUAUCUUGUCCACAGUUAACUGUACGAAGGCCAAGAGGUCCGACCAGUGUCUUCACACUGGAGAGCCAGUGUGGUGUAGUGGUUAAGAGUGGCAGUCUUGUAAUCUGGUGAACCGGGUUUGAUUCCCCGCUCCUCCACAUGCAGCUGCUGGGUGACCUUGGGCCAGUCACACUUCUCUGAAGUCUCUCAGCCUCACUCACCUCACAGAGUAUUUGUUGUGGGGGAGGAAGGAAAAGGAGAAUGUUAGCCUCUUUGAGACUCCUUCGGGUAGUGAUAAAGCGGGAUAUCAAAUCCAAACUCUUCUUCUUCUUCUUCUUCACCUCCCAUUUCUCCUGUCUCUGCACCUCGAGGGCCGCCUUUCCCCACAUGAACAAAACCGGACACUGUGUCCCGUCAUCUGAGAACUGUCUCCAUGUGUCCUCUCUGGGUUCAGCGAGCGGCGACAUGAGAACGGGCCUUUUCGGUGUUGGCUCCGCCACUUGUAGAAUGCUCUCCCCAGGAAAGCAUGCCUGGAGUCAUCCCGAUCUGUUGCUUUGCACCAGGCAAGACCUUUCUAUUCACCCAGCACUGAAUUGGGAAGGUAACAAGUUGUGCCUGUGGCCUCUUGGUUGUGCUCAUUCUUUUAAGUGGGAUAGGUAGGAUGUCACAGAGAUGUCAGUUAGAAGGGACCCAACGGUCAUCUAGUCCAAACCCCCGCAAUGCAGGAAUCUUCCGCCCAAAUCCAUGACCCUGAGAUGAAGAGUCUCAUGCACUACCAACUGAGAUAGGUAUCUUUUUUUUUUUCUAUCUACCAACUGAGCUAUGCCAAUUUAGGAUGUGUGUGUGUGUAUGCAUAAUUUAGGUCUUGUUUUACUGCUGUUAUUAGUCUUUAAGGCUUUUUUCUUUUUUUAUCAUUACACUUUGGUGUAAAAAGCGACUUACUGUUUUUAUAACAAGGGCCUGUGGUAGCUCUAUUUUAAAAAAAAUAUAUAUUAUUAUUAUUAUUUACAUUCAUAUACCCCCUUUAACUUCCAAGGAUCUGUGGCUCCUCACCACAACCCUCUGAGGUAGUUUAGGCUAAGAGAUGGUGAUGGAACCAAGGUUAGCCAGUGAGCUUCAUUGCUGAGCGGAGAUUCGAACCCAGCUCUCCCAGGUCCUAGUCCAACACUCUUAACCAUUACGCCACACUGGCUAUGAAAGCAGGGAUAGUGUGACAUAUAGGAGUAUUUGGUGCUAACACCUUCAUAGUCAUUUGUUGGUGCGAUUUAGACAGAAGAACAUAGGUUAUGCAGUGAUGUAGGUCAGGCUUCUUCAACCUCAGCCCUCCAGAUGUUUUUGGCCUACAACUCCCAUGAUCCGUAGCUAGCAGGACCAGUGGUCAGGGAUGAUGGGAAUUGUAGUCUCAAAACAUCUGGGGGGGCCGAGGUUGAGGAAGCCUGAUAUAGAUCAUAUAAAUCAGGUGUGGGGAACCUUUGUCCCUGCUGGCGUUGUUGAGCUACACCAGGCAUAGGCAAACUCGGCCCUCCAUAUGUUUCGGGACUACAACUCCCAUCAUCCCUGACCACUGGUCCUGUUAGCUAGGGAUGAUGGGAGUUGUAGUCCCAAAACAGAUGGAGGGCCGAAUUUGCCUAUGCCUGAGCUACACCUUCCACCUGCCCAGGCAAGCAUGGCUAAUGGCCAGCGAUGGUGGUAGUGGUAGUUUAGCAACAUCUGGAGCCCCAGAGGUUUCCCGUACCUGACAUUGAUCAAGCACAUACCAGUGCAUUGCAUGUAUCAACCAAUCUACAGCUUAGAUGCAAUGGCCCUGUACAGUCAAUCUGGGAACGUUUUGCUAAUGCUUGUGUUAAACUUCCACAGCUGGACAAAGGCACAGCUCCAUUGGCAGGAACGAAUGGAGAAACCACCAUUCAAGGUGAGAUAUUUAUUUCCUCUGAACCUUGAAAUAUGAGAGAGCGCGUCAGUUCCAAACAGAAUUUGUUAAAAAUUCUGUUGAUACCACAUCUGUCAGCCCAGGAUACCUGAAGGAGCGUCUCCAUCCCCAUCAUUCAGCCCGGACACUGAGGUCCAACUCUAAAGGCCUUCUGGCGGUUCCCUACCUGCAGGAAGUGAGGUUACAGGGAACCAGGCAGAGGGCCUUCUUGGUAGUGGUGCCAGCCGUGUGAAAUGCCCUCCCUUCAGAUGUCAAGGAAAUAAAUAACUAUCUGGCUUUUAGAAGACAUCUGAAGGCAGUCCUGUUUAGGGAAGUUUUUAAUGUUUCAUGUUUUAUUCUGUUUAAUAUUCUGUUGGGAGCUGCCCAGAGAGGCUGGGGAAACCCAGCCAGAUGCGUGGGGUAUAAAUAAUAAAUUAUUAUUAUUAUUAUUAUUAUUGGCAUUAAUAGGAUAAGUACGGUAACUAUACAACUUUCCAAAGACAUCUGAAGGCAGCCCUGCAUUAGGAAGUUUUAAAUGUUUGAUGUUUUAUUGUGUUUUUAAAAUUCUGUUGGAAGCUGCCCAGAGUGGCUAGGGAAACCCAGCUAGAUGGGUGGGGCAUAAAUAAUAAUCAUAAUAUUUCAUAAAAUGUAGACACUGCUGGAUUGUGUAAAAAUGAAACUCCCUCAAAGCGGCUUGCAAAAUGAUAAAACCAUAACAUCAGGGGGGAAAUUACGAGAAGUUAAAAUUCUGAUUAAAAUGCACGCUACUUAAAAUGCAGCCUUCUGCCCUUGGGAUAAAGUAAAGGGUAAAGGGACCCCUGACCAUUAGGUGCAGUCGUGGCCGACUCUGGGGUUGCGGCACUCAUCUUGCUUUACAGGCCAAGGGAGCCGGUGUACAGCUUCCGGGUCAUGUGGCCAGCAUGACUAAGCCGCUUCUGGCGAACCAGAGCAGCGCACGGAAACGCCGUUUACCUUCCCACCGGAGUGGUACCUAUUUAUCUACUUGCACUUUGACGUGCUUUCGAACUGCUAGGUUGGCAGGAGCAGGGACCGAACAACGGGAGCUCACCCCGUUGCGGGGAUUCGAAACGCCGACCUUCUGAUCGGCAAGUCCUAGGCUCUGUGGUUUAGACCACAGCGCCACCCGCAAAUCUUCUAAAAGGCCCCAUCUUUCUUCUCUUUUUUGCCUUCAGGUUUGGAUGGCCUUGCUGAGCGCUGUGCCCAGUAUAAGAAGGAUGGAGCUGACUUUGGAAAGUGGCGUGCUGUGUUGAAAAUUACAGAUACGACCCCCUCCACUCUUGCCAUCCAGGAGAACGCUAAUACACUGGCACGUUAUGCCAGUAUCUGCCAACAGGUAUACCCUCUCAAUAACUCAGUGUUUUCCUGGCAGCUUGGUGGUGGGACGGUGUGGCAGCUUUUGGGAACCUUUCCCUAUGGAUAUGAACUUAGAACCUAGUUCAUCUAGAUGCCCAUUACAUUUUCACUUGAAUCUUCAGCAUGGACUAGUGCCCAUCGUGGAGCCUGAGAUCCUGCCUGAUGGAGACCAUGACCUCCAACGGUGCCAGUACGUGACAGAAAAGGUAAGGGUGGCAUCAGAAGCUCACCAUGUUCCUGCACCUCAACGAUAAUGUCAGGAGAAGGUUGGCAAGAAGUCACACUGUAUUAGUGAAGCUUCAAGGAAACACAGCCGGUUCCGGAGGCCAGGCCUAGUGAGCGCAGCAACUCAUCCCAGUAGAUCUUGCCCCUACGAGGCAGUGGCGAGGACCAAAGGUCUCUGCCAUCCCACAGCUCCUCCUCCCUAAGGUCCUUCCCAAGCGAUCUGAGACUCCAUUGCCUUGUCUGUCUUUGCUCUGUCCUCUUUAUACCUCUUCUAUUUCUGGGAGACCAGGGGAGAGGGGAGCUGGUCGCAGCAGGAUUCGCAGCAUUCUUGCCACUGUUGUGGCAUAUAAAAAUAUCCUUCUUUUAUCGCUUGGGAUAUCUGGAGUUAGUAAACCCAAAAGAAAUGCUUCCGGCUUUUUAACAAACGUUUGUCCAAACAUUUUCUUUUCAGUUCUUCAUAGAUACUAUCCCAAAGGUUUCUGAUUUUCUUACACCCCCCACCACAUAUGCAACAUUGUUCCUUCUGCACGCUUACACCUCCAACAUUUAUUUGAGUUUGUUUUAUACAACUUUGCUAGUUUACUAGGUGUCAGAUACCACCAACCUCGGCCCUCCAGAUGUUUUUGGCCUGCAACUCCCAUGAUCCCUAGCUAGCAGGAACAGUGGUUAGGGAUGAUGGGAACUGUAGUCUCAAAACAUCUGGAGGGCUGAGGUUGAGGAAGCCUGCUGUGGAGUAACUCUGCUUAGAGGUAGCAAUCCUGUGCACACAUACUUUGGAGUGGACCCAUUUCAAUAAAGUGGGACUAAUCCUACACAUGUAUACUCAAACAUGUUUCACCCCAACUUCUUCUCGUGUCCCAGGUGCUGGCUGCUGUGUACAAGGCCUUGAAUGACCACCAUGUCUACCUGGAAGGAACAUUGCUGAAGCCCAACAUGGUGACUGCGGGGCAUUCUUGUCCCAAGAAGUACACCCCCGAAGAAGUGGCCAUGGCCACAGUGACAGCUCUCCAUCGCACCGUCCCAGCGGCUGUUCCAGGUCAUUCUUCAGCCCUUGCGAUCUGUCAGGGUUUUCUUUAAGGGUGUGUCUGGGCCUCCCUGAUCUGCUCUUUACCUGAUUUACAGAUGUGUGUCCAUUGCAUUUGAUUUGCAAGAACGCUUUUGGUUAAGUUGCUGGCUGCCAAUCGACCAGACAUGGGAAGCGACUCCGUAGAAUAGCAUCUGUCACAUCCCUGGCGUACACUGAAAACACUUUUAAAGCACAUGGCUUCCGCCUAAGAACUGUAGUUUGUUAAGGGUGCUGGGAAUCUUUGGUAAGCUACGGUUCCCAGGGUUCUUUGGGGGAAGCCAUAGGCUUUAAAAGGAUGGCACGGAUCAUUUGACAUUGAAUAACGCAAAUGUUCUGUCUAUUGACAAAGGGCUUUAUUAGCUCAGCCUCAUAGGCAAGCCACCACUCAAUAAUAAUAAUAAUAAUAAUAAUAAUAAUAAUAAUUUAUACCCCGCCCAUCUGGCUCAGUUUCCCCAGCCACUCUGGGCAGCUCAGAAUUUUAAAAACUUCCCUAAACAGGGCUGUCUUCAGAUGUCUUUUAAAGAUAAGAUAGCUUCUUAUUUCCUUCACAUCUGAAGGGAGGGCAUUCCACAGGGUGGGUGCCACUACUGAGAAGGCCCUCUGUCUGGUUCCCUGUAACCUCACUUCUCGCAAUGAGGGAACCGCCAGAAGGCCCUUGGCGCUGGACCUCAGUGUCUGAUCUAAACGAUGGGGGUGGAGAUGCUCCUUCAGGUAUACAGGACCGAGGCUGUUUAUCCUACAAGUCACGUUCAGUCAGAGGAAUGUCAUUGUUAAAAUGAAGAAUCAAAAGAAUCUCUGUCUCUUUUCCAUUUCCUCUUGAAAGUUCUUUUCUAUUUCUUUUUUCUUAUCUCUCUCUCUCUCUCUCUCUCUCUCUCUUUCUUGUUAUGUUUUUAACUCAUUUAGAUUAAUGUUGGGCAAAAACAUCUUGGCAAAUUAAGUCUUCAGUCUUUAUGGUAAUCUUGCGUUCUGAUUCCAACUGCAGGCAUCUGCUUCCUUUCUGGGGGCCAAAGCGAGGAGGAGGCGUCCGUCAACCUCAAUGCCAUCAAUCUCUGCCCUCUGCCUAAACCUUGGAAGCUGACUUUCUCCUACGGGCGGGCCUUGCAAGCAUCGGCUCUGGCUGCCUGGUCUGGGAAGCCUGAGAACAAGAAGGCUGCCCAGGAGGCCUUCUGCAAACGUGCAAAGGUAAGAGGGGAAAGAGCCUGAGCUCAGUGGCAGGCAGCAAACUUUGCAUUGAAAAGGUUCCAAUCCUGAAGAUCUGCUGCCAGCCGGUCUAGAUCAGGGGUAGUCAACCUUUUUAUAUCUACCGCCCACUAAUACAUCUUUCUGGAUGGUAAAAUUUCCUUACCGCCCACCAGUGCUCGAUGGAAGGAGGAUUCAGCUUGUCCCGUAGAACCCCCUACUGCCCACCUAGAAUCCUGAAAUGGCCACUAGUGGGCAGUAGGGACCAGGUUGACAACCCCUGGUCUAGAUAAUUACAUGGUUUGACUUGGUAUAAGGUAGUUUUUUUCUCGCCUUUUAAGACAGUAUAAUUAAAAGAACCAGUGCAGAGAAGUACGGAGAAUAGCGUUAGAGGGAACUGGGUCAGAGUGCUUGAUUAGAACCUAGUACACCUUGCCUGUGGUACUUGGGCAUCUUGAUAAAAGUUAAGUUUUUAAGUGAAUGCUUAAAAGCCAACAUGUGGGUGCAGCAAAAAUUUAACAGAAAACAGGUAAAUCAUAUAGGUAUCACCAAAAGGAUUGGGACUGGUUGCUACUGUCUUUAGAGCACACACCCAAACAUGGGUUUUCUUGCUGCAUAAUGUGUGAGAUUGCCCUGAUUCCCAGUUUGUCACAAAGUGCUUUUCAGGGGGAAAGAAAGAAAGAAAGAAAGAAAGAAAGAAAGAAAGAAAGAAAGAAGUAAUAGAUUUAGAUUGUGUAUGGACUAGUACUCAGUCUCCAUUGAUUCUAGAAAAAAUUUUGGGUGUACAUAGCUAUGGUGUUUGGUUGUCUCUCCCCUGUUUUUUAUUAAAAAAAAUUGACCAGCUGUUAUUUUUAUUUCUAGAUAAAUAGCUUAGCCUGCAGAGGUCAAUACACCACCUCUGGGAAGACCGGUGGAGCAGCCACCCAGUCACUUUUCACUGCCAGUUACACAUACUAA